UCAUUUACCCUCCUCGCCCCUCAAGAGCCAACGUCUUCCACCUUCUUCCUCCCCCCACAUUCUCCUUCCCUUUGGUCGGACCCACUAUGAAAUUGUCCCUCUGAUCCCCGCGUUAAAACAGAGUAAACCCCGGAAAGAUACGAUCUUUAUUAUUUAAACCGCUGCAAGCCCCAGCUUCCUUCAAAACCUGUCUGCUUCCAGCAAGAAAGAUCCGACCUUUGGUUCUUCAAGGACAAUGAAGGAAGUUUGGACAUCAGUAGCAUCACUCCUGGGCGCUUUCGCUUUCUUCCAGAGCGUCCUCCAUGCCGUCUUCCCCCCAGAGCUCCGUCAAGUCAUCGCCAAGUUCUUACACCGCGCGUUCAACUUCUUGUCCUCCUAUUGCUACUUCGACAUUACUGAAAUCGACGGCGUGAGCACCAACGAGCUCUAUGGUGCUGUUCAACUCUACCUUUCCUCCUCCGCCUCUGUCUCCGCCUCCCGGCUUUCACUCUCCCGUCCCCUCAACUCCUCAUCCUUCACCUUCGGCCUAUCUAACAACGAUCGCCUCGUCGACUCUUUUUCCGGCACCACUGCCAUUUGGGAGCACGUCGUAACCCAACGCCCUUCACCUUCCUUCUCAUGGCGUCCUCUUCCCGACGAAAAGCGCGGAUUCACUCUCCGCAUCUGUAAAAAAGAUAAGUCCCGCAUCCUCCCCUGCUACCUCGACCACAUCAUGGAAGUCGCCGCCGACAUUCGCCGCCGAAACCAGGAACGCCUUCUUUACACAAACUCGCGCGGCGGCUCUAUGGACACUCGUGGCCAUCCUUGGGAAUCUGUUCCCUUCAAACACCCCUCCACCUUUGAAACACUCGCCAUGGAUCCCAUCCUAAAGGAAGACAUCAUUUCUGAUCUCCGUAGCUUCACUGCCGGUCAAAGCUUUUAUCAGAAAAUUGGCCGCGCGUGGAAGCGCGGAUAUCUCCUCUACGGUCCACCAGGCACUGGCAAGUCCAGUAUGAUCGCAGCCAUGGCAAACUUCCUCUGCUACGAUAUCUACGACCUCGAGCUCACCGAAGUUCACACCAACUCCGAACUCCGAAAACUUCUCAUGAAAACCACAUCAAAAUCUAUAAUUGUUAUUGAAGACAUCGACUGCUCUGUUUCUCUCACCAACCGGGGAAGCCCACCACAAGCGGCGGUUCAUCCGCCGCCGCCGCCUGUGGAUGAUCCUUCAUCUCCCCCUGCAUCAGCUGCGGCGUCCGCAAAAUCUCUGACGCUUUCAGGGUUAUUGAACUUCACCGAUGGGUUGUGGUCUUGCUGUGGCAGUGAGAGGAUCUUUGUGUUCACGACGAACCACGUCGAGAAGCUCGACUCUGCUCUGCUUCGAUCUGGGAGGAUGGAUAUGCAUAUCCAUAUGAGCUACUGUUCAUUUCCGGCGCUAAAAAUUUUGAUAAAGAAUUACUUGGGGAUGGAUGGUGAUGAAUUGGAGAACGGAAAAGAUGAGGAUGUAUUGGUUAGAGAGCUUGAGGCGGCGGUGGAGGCGGCGGAGAUAACACCAGCAGAUGUAAGUGAAGUGUUGAUAAAAAACAGGAGGUACGGGAAGAAAAGGGCCAUGGAGGAGUUGCUUAGCGUGUUGAAGGGAAGGAUGAUGGGGAGGAGAGGCGGCGGCAAUGCGAGGGUGUCUAUGUGCAGGAAGGAGGCGGAUGAAGAAGAGGAGCAAGAGAAGAGAGCGCUGGAUAGCCCGAAGGAGGAAAGUUCUGAGAAGUUGGAGGAGGCUUGUGAAGAGAAACAGGGGACGAAAACAGGGAUUGAAGGCCGCCAAGGAGGAAGUCAAGACUGACUUGGGUUGCGAGGAGGGUCUUCGAUUGGAUAACUUUCCAAGGGGAUUUCAAAUUAGUACUUCUUUUAAUAUAUGUUUUUGUUUUGUCGUGCGGUUUUUCUUGUUCAAAUUUUA